AUGUCGUCUCAUGAAAACUCACACAUGCAAGCCGCCUUGCAGAAGGUCCUCAGCGAGACCCAAGGAGCGCUCGUCCUUGGGGCACAUGGGAUUGCCUCCUUUGCAUGGCUCUGGCCUGUCCGUGGUAUCUACUUCGCCAUCACACAUCCCAAUGUCAUCAUGGGCGUACGCCCGGCCAUCGUCAAGUCCUUGGUGGCUUCUGCCGUCAUCUUCGGCCUUCUCAUGUUCUUCACCUACAUACCCCAGAUGGCGAUCCUUGCGGCCGUCUCUGGUCCUCUCGCACCAGUCCUUGCGAUCGUCGUCGUCGGCGCCGAGUCUGCCUUCCUGCUCGCUCUCCUAGCACGCCCGCUCUUCCUUGAGCCCGCCCUGACGCAAGUAUUCGACAACACACUCCGUGCACGGGGACAGGGAGAGCUCGUUAAGGCAGGCAAAACUCGUGGCAAAGGCGCCACGGUCAGCGUCGAGAGCGCGCUCGUCAAGCCCCUGCAAAUCCUCUCUACUGGUGGCAUCGUGCGCUAUCUCAUCACGCUGCCGAUCAACAUGGUCCCUGUGCUGGGAACCGUUCUAUUCGUACUCUACAAUGGAUACACCAGUGGACCAGGCUGGCAUUCGCGAUACUUCCAGCUCAAGGGCUUCUCGAAGAAUCAGCGGCAAGCUUUCGUGGACAGGAAGAGGGGAGAGUACGCGGCCUUUGGUUCUGCGACACUGCUGUUCAAUUACAUUCCGCUCAUUGGCCUCCUGUUCAGCUUCACGAACACUAUCGGCGCUGCGAUGUGGGCAGCGCAGCUCGAGGCCCAGGCCAAUAUUAUCGAUGCGCCUCAAUCGACCAACAAAGGAAAGCAGGUAUCGCAGCCAGUAGGUCAGGACCAGGAGUGA